UCUCUACAGUGGCGCUAGUAAUUAUGAGGUGAUCCGGAACAUAACACAAAACUGCGGACACUUUCCAGAUCAUCUCCUCAUCAAUGGAUCCAUAACUAAAGAGUUUUACUUCAAAAGUAAGACAAACGAGUGGGUUUUGAAGACUCCAACUGAAUGUGGAGUGAAAAUCUCAAAAGAUGUGAAAAUAGUUACCCCAGAUAUCUUUAGAAAACACCUACAGAAGUUAGGGUUUUACAACAGGAAACAACAGAUGAAUUUGGAAAAUUUCAUUGACCUGAUUAACAGAAUGCUGCUUUUGGAUCCUGAACGAAGAAUUCCUUUUCGUCAGGUGAUGCAGCAUCCAUUUGUCAGAGGUAACAGGGAUCUUCCAAGAGUCUCUACAGGAAAUGUCCAUAAUGUUACAAGACAGGAAAUUCCCUCUUCAUCAGCAAAGAAGGAAAAGAAGGACUUAUCAUGCCAUUAUGGGAAAGAAAGAAAGCAGUCUGCAGUCUGGAUUAUUGGGUCAGGGUAUUACAUCAGCGGAGCACAACAUACAGCAAAUCAAUGCUUUGGAGAAAACCUUGGACUCAAUGCAAAAAUAACCUGGAUCGGAAAGGUAGACAUGCGCUGGAAGAAUGUCCUGGAUACUUUUAAUCGUGAGGUUUCCAGACAAAGGAGCUCUCCAGACAUUUUAGUUCUCCAUGUCGGCAGCAACGACCUGGGAAACAUAAAUGUCUGCGAUCUAACCUCUGAAAUGGUGAAGGACCUGAUACACCUUCACAACACCUUUCCCAGGAUGAAAAUCGCAUAUUCCUUCAUAACUCCUAGAAUGACCUGGGCGAAAUUCAAUCCAAUGAAAAUAAAUGCAGACAGGAUCAGAGUCAACAGAACUAUGAAAUUAAAUGCUGAAAAAUUCAAUGGUUGUGUGAUUGAACAUCCAGAUUUGACACCGUUUGAAAAAGCUCUUUUCAAAACUGAUGGAGUACAAUUCUCCUCAAAGGGAUUUGAAAUGUUUGUAAGCUCUAUCCGUGGUGCUAUUGAGAAGACUCUGAACACGACCUUUCCAAGAGGCAAACUCCAACCUCAGUCAAAUGCUGAAAAUGUCCACACGAAGCGCCCAUGCUUUGAUGGGAAGGACAUUAGAGUCAUCCAAAACGUCCCACAACAUGAUAGAAAACACAUUUCAGAAUCAGACUUGGAGAGCAAGUUGUCUACACCAGAAAAUAUAAGGAUUUGUGAGGAAGAAUACUUGAUUGACGUCAGAGAGUACUUUCUGAAAUGUAUAAGAGAACCAGAAAAACACUUGUCCCCAAAUGACAGACAAAGCCCGUCUUCAGUACCAGAGGCUAACCAGGAAUCAAAAAAUGGACAUUCCUCAGAUGCAUCACAGUCAUCGCCGAAGCGCAGUGAUCUGAAAAGGAAACUUAUGUCAGAAACAGACGCAGAAAGCGACUUGCCUGUACAAAAGAAGAGAAAGAUCUGUCCAGAAGACAGUCCUGAAAAUGUACAGUCACCGCCUGGGCAGGAAAAGUUGCCAAACGAAGAGCCUCUUCUGAAGAGAAAAAGAAGUUCAGAAGAUCUCUCGUCCCCACCCAAAAAGAGGAAGGUAAUCGGUGAAAAUGACGGACAAAGCCCGUCUUUAGUACCAGAGGCUAACCAGGAAUUAAAAAAUGGACAUUCCUCAGAUGCAUCACAGUCGUCACCGAAGCGCAGUGAUCUGAAAAGGAAACUUAUGUCAGAAACAGACGCAGAAAGCGACUUGCCUGUACAAAAGAAGAGAAAGAUCUGUCCAGAAGACAGUCCUGAAAAUGUACAGUCACCGCCUGGGCAGGAAAAGAUGUCAAACGAAGAGCCUCUUCUGAAGAGAAAAAGAAGUUCAGAAGAUCUCUCGUCCCCACCCAAAAAGAGGAAGGUAAUCGGUGAAAGUGACAGACAAAGCCCGUCUUUAGUACCAGAGGCUAACCAGGAAUUAAAAAAUGGAUAUUCCUCAGAUGCAUCACAGUCAUCGCCGAAGCGCAGUGAUCUGAAAAGGAAACUCAUGUCAGAAACAGACGCAGAAAGCGACUUGCCUUGUGAAAAACACAGUGGAAUGAGCCUUGCUACUCUCCCGAAUCAGAAGCUGUGA